ACCAUCUCUUUAUCUUUCUGGAGAGCAACAAACCACAGAGAGAGAGAGAGAGAGAUAAAUAUUUCAAAAGAGAACCCCAAAGAAGCUAAAACUUACAGUUUCGCCGCUAAGUUUACAUUUCUAAGCAUUUAACACCGCCAUGUGUGGAGGAGCUAUAAUCUCCGAGUUCAUACCUCCGUCGAGGUCCCGCCGCGUCACGAGCGAGCAUCUCUGGCCGGAUCUGAAGAACAAAGGGAAAGCUUCGAAGAAGAAGCGAUCCGGUUUCAUCGAUCUGGACGAUGAGUUCGAGGCUGACUUUCAAGGGUUUAAGGACGAUGCAUCGUUCGAUUGCGAAGAUGAAUUCGAUGUGGAUGAUGACGUCUUCGCCGAUGUCAAACCCUUUGUCUUCGCCGCAGGUGCCAAGCCCGUAGCUUCCCCUCCCGCCGCCUUCGCCUCCACUGGUUCAGUCUCUGGCAAGAAAACCAUAGAGUCUGGUGGACAAGCUGAGAAGUCUGCUAAGAGAAAGAGGAAGAAUCAGUACAGGGGGAUUAGGCAGCGCCCUUGGGGUAAAUGGGCUGCUGAGAUCCGUGAUCCUAGGAAAGGCUCCCGGGAAUGGCUUGGAACAUUCGACACCGCUGAGGAAGCAGCAAGAGCUUACGAUGCAGCUGCACGCAGGAUCCGCGGCAAUAAAGCUAAGGUGAACUUCCCAGAGGAGAUGGUCCCUAGCGUCUCCCAGAAACGCCCUUCUGCUAAGAAGGCAGUGGCUAAACCAAACCAAAGCCCAGCAUCCGUUCAGCAGCCAACACAUGUGAGUCAGUACUGCAACAACUCCUUUGACAACAUGGGACAUGACUCCUCCUUUGGUGAUGUGAGUUUCAUGGAAGAGAAGCCUCAGAUGUACAACAAUCAGUUCUUUGAUGUCGGAGGCAACAAUGGAUACCAGUAUUUCAGUUCUGACCAGGGCAGUAACUCACUGGACUGCUCUGAGUUUGGGUGGAGUGAUCAAACCCCCAAGACACCUGAGAUCUCUUCAAUGCUAGUCAACAAUAACCAAGCUCCUUUCAUUGAAGAAACCAAUCCAGCCAAGAAGCUCAAAACCAGCUCUGAGGACGGGACAAGCAACAAUGAUAGUUCUGAUGAUCUGAUGGCAUACCUGAACAACGCCUUGUGGGAGUCUCCAUUGGAAGUGGAAGCUAUGUUCGGUGGUGAUGCUGCUACUAUGACUCAGGAAGAGGGAAACCCAAUGGACCUAUGGAGCUUAGAUGAUAUCAACUCCAUGCUGGAUGGUGGAGUCUUCUGAAAGUGAUUGAUGGGUUGCCUAGUUUGUAAAUAAAGCUCUUUGUGUGUUGGGUUUUGCUGUUGGCGGGGGGAAUGGUACAAGUUCAUACCUGGAGCUUAUUGCAUCGUUAUCUUAUAUGAGUCUCUUUCUCACGGAGAGUGUCUCUCUUUUAAAUUCCUGAAAUAAAAGGGGUGAUGAAGUAAAUAGAGUUGUAAUUUCUAUCUAAUGAGUCUCUUCCUUGAGUUUUUUUUUUGUUUACUAAUCUUUAAAACUCUCUUUUUGAUCUUUCUUUUUAUAGCGUAUUAUCAUCACCCUCGAAAGUGUUUAUGUUUUGUGCCCCCAACACUUAUAUAAAAACUGUUUGAAACCU